AUGGCCACGCAUGAGACCGGGGAUUAUACUGAGGGAGAAGACAGAGGACCUGAAGGUCUGGAUACGCAUGACGAGGAUCAAGAAGAUGACCCUCGGGACGUCGGGAGAAACUCUGAAAAUCCAGAGGGAAGCGACGAAGAGAAGAAUGUAGAAGGCAAAAACUCCAGAUGGGGCAAGAAAAAGGAGGUUGAACUUCAAGAUCAGACCAAUCUUUUACCCACCAAACAGGUGAUUUUUGUCUUUUGUGGUUUGACUUGCGCCCUCUUCUGCAGUUUAUUGGAUCAAACCAUUGUGACCACCGCUCUACCUACACUCGGCCAAGUCUUCAACAGAGCAGACAUCAGCUCAUGGGUCGGCACGGCUUAUCUCUUGACCUCGACUACCGCGCAGCCCAUCUAUGGAAGAAUAUCGGACAUCUUUGGGAGAAAAUUUACCCUGCUGGCAUGUCUUUUCAUAUUCUUGAUGGGUUCUUUGGCUUGUUCUCUAGCGCAGACUAUGAUACAACUUAUCGUCUUCAGGGCCAUACAGGGUCUUGGAGGCGGUGGUAUUCUGACUCUGUCCAUGAUCAUCAUCUCCGACGUGGUGUCGUUGAAAGAGAGAGGAAAGUACCAGGGCAUAACCGGGAUGGUGGUCGCUUGUUCAAACUCCCUCGGCCCGAUAUUAGGAGGUGUCUUUACGGAAAAGGUCACUUGGCGAUGGUGUUUUUACAUCAAUCUGCCCAUCACAUCGCUCGCCAUACUCAUCAUCAUAUUCCUUCUCCCUCUUCGCCGAGUACGUGGUAGCAUGUGGGGAAAGAUCAAGAAACUCGAUUUCUGGGGCUCUCUCCUCACCCUCGCAUGGGCCGUACCCUUCCUCAUCGCACUCUCUUGGGCAGGGACGCAGUACUCUUGGGACUCUGCGCCCGUGUUGGCUCCUCUCCUGAUCGGACUCGCCUUGUUGGGCGUCUUAAUCUUUGUGGAAGCCAAGCUUGUCAGCUUGCCACUUGUGCCCAUGCACAUCUUCAACAAUCGGUCAACAGCAGCAAACUAUUUCACCACUUUCAUGAAUGGGAUCAGCUUCUACGCCACCCUCUACUACCUUCCGCAAUAUUUCCAAGUCGUUCGAGGAGACUCGGCCAUCCGCUCCGGUGUCCUCACCCUACCCCUCAUGCUCGUACAAACAGUAUCAUCAUUCACCUCUGGUAUCUUCGUCAGCAGAACAGGAGACUACUGGUGGAACCUCGUCAUCGGGUUCUCCAUCUGGACAGUUGGCCUUGGUUUGCUAUCUAGCAUUAACACAGAUACCAGUGUAGCCAAGCUAUGCGGCUACCAGGUCAUUGUCGGUUUCGGUGCCGGGCAGACGUUCCAGACGAGUUUGGUGGCUAUCCAAGCGAGCGUGGACAGAAAGGACAUGGCGACGGCGACUGGACUGAGAAACUUCCUCCGUAUGUUGGGUGGAACGAUCGCGUUAGCGGCUUGUACGUCUAUCGUCAACAAUAGCGUGAAGAAGAAUCUGCAGGGAGUGUUGGAGGACGCGCAGUAUCAAACUAUCUUGAACGAUCCCACUCAGGCGCAGAGCUUGGGAUUGAGUGCGUCGCAGAUUGCAGCGGUGACGGCAGCCUAUGCACAAGGUAUCAGGGAGGUAUUCUGGUUCUGUACCCCCUGUAUCGGUAUAUGUGUGCCGGUCACUGCUUUCCUCGUCAAGAAGAUCAGCCUGAAGAGGGAGGACGAUGCCGCCAAGAAGGCAGAGUCCAAAGCAUGGGUGGAAAGUAAAAAGGCAAAGAAGAAGGCUCGAUCAAAUAGGCUGGGUAGCGAAGACACCGCGGUUGCUUCCGAGAGCGAGACUAAGAACAAGAAGAGCAGCGAAGAAUCUCAUUUUACAUAG